CAACUUGACAGCUGUGAGUUAAAAUUAUGGUACAGUAAAAUUUUCAAAAGUGUUUUAAGAUGGAAAAUAUUAAUAAUAAACAGUGGACACCAGCCACAAUCAGAGAAAAUGUUGAUAAUUGGAGUUUAGCUGGUGAUGCUGGUUUAUUAUCAUAUCUACAAAAUUUUUCUGAUAAUUUAACAACAAGAACUAAAAAUACGUUGGCAAAUGUCGAUGAAUUAUUUAAUUCGUUAACUGAUACCAAUAUUGCAUUAGCAAAUGUAACAAAUGAAUUUAUGAAUUUGCAUCAUACGCAGUUUAUUGAAAAUCGUGUCUAUGAAGAAGAUGAAAUUGUUGCCAGUGAAGUUCCCGAAAUUAAAAAACCAGAAGAAAAAAAUCAUUCAGCCGAAAAUAUUGAGCUAAUGAAAAAAGUUAUGCAAGAUGGUUUGAAUAUAUUAAGUAAACAUUUUGAACGCGUCGAAGUUCCAAACAGUGAUAGUGAGGAUGAAUCAGAAGGCCCAAGUAUUAUUGUUCGGCCAAAAGAAUUUUUCAUGGAUAGGCCGUUGCCGUAUGUAAUUGGAUCCGAUGAAUGGAAUGCAUGUGAUCAUAUUGGUUUAAAACGUGUUGAUAGUUCUGAAUCACUAGAAGAUGAGGAACAGUUAGGCUCUGAUAGCAGUUCAAUGUCUUUAGAUCCCAUAAAAACGCCAGGAUCAACCAGUGAAUCCAGUUUAAAUAUGUUUACCAAAGAAAAUGUCAAUUCAAAUUUGAUUCCACAAGAUAAAUCCGAGAAAAUAUCAACUAGUCAAAAUAUGUUUGAAUCAUCGUCUCUUAGUAGUGAAUCAGAAAAUUAUCAACAAGAAAAGGUGAAUGCAAAAUUUGCCGCGGAAUUAGCUUCAAAAUUAGGUAAUGUUGUCCAAGAUAUAAAGCAUGUUAUACCCAAUGAUGAUGAUGUGUAUGGGAGACCUCCACCCAAAACUGAUAAUCAGGAUACAAAGGCUAAGAAACCUUAUGAAGCUGAUAUAUUUUCAAAUGAACCACCACCAUUAGACGAAGUUGAUGAAAGUCCAUUAUUUGGUUCUGUAUCGUCGGGAAAUAAAUAUAUGUCUUCUGCGGGUGGAUUAUUUGAUGAUUUGGGAGAUGAUGAUAACUUAUGGAGUGAUACAAUACCAAAAGUUUCAAAAUCAAAUUUUCCAACUCAAUCGGGAAAUGUAUCUGCAGAGCCCAAAGUAGAUUCUAUUGCGAAGAAAUCAACAAUUUCACGAGGAUUAUUCGAUGACGAUAGUGACAUUGAUGAUAUUUUUACAACGAAUAUAACAAAACCACCACCGAAUUUAUCUUAUCUUUCAAAACCGACAACAACUAUGCCAUUAGUUGAUAACGAACCACCAUCUAUUGAAAAUGAACCAAGUAAAAAGAAAGCAGUCGGUGGUGUACCAAUUUUUGGUAAACAAAAUGAUAUUUUAUCGAAAAACUUAUCGAAAGUUUUAAAAACACCAAAACAAGCAUCAUCUUCCUCAGAAUCUGAUAAUGAAGAUAUUUCAAAAACUAUUCCAAAAACGAUAAGUGGAGGAACUUCUACUUUAUCUUCUGAUACGAAAGCUGAUGACUUACGUAAAGGUUUUAGUUUGUUUACUGAUACUGAACCUAAAAAGGACGAAUCUCAAAAGUUUAAAGGCCUUUUCGAUGACGAAGAUGAUGAUAAUUUUGAUUUUCUGGUUUCGAAAAGCACUAAGAAGACAGAAACAACUGACAAACAAAAUAAUUUGAAGAAAAAAGAAGACCCAACUAAACCAACGUUGACAGAUAAAAAAACAGAUCCAGGUACCUCUGAAAAAGAAUUGGGCACGAAAAUUGAAAAUCCUCCAAAAAUUGAAAAGAAAACUUUAGAUAGUCUAUUUUAUGAUGACGAACCUCCACCAUUAGAUGAUGAAAUUGAUCAAAAGGAAUCUUUUAAAAAUGAUGCAACCAAAAUAAAAACUACAAUUGAUUUGUUCAAAGAAAUAGAUGAUGAUCUUUUCAAACAAGAUUUAUUUAGAAAAGAGAAAAAAACUUCAAGCAAAUCACCUGCUAAAGCGAUUGAUAUUUUUAAUGAUGAUAUUUUUGAUAAUAGUAAAAAUUCGAAUUCUUUGUUUGAUGAGCCACCAGAUAUGUCUGAUUCUGAAAGAUCAGAUACUAGUAGUAAGAAAUCGAUAAGUACUAAAUUCACUGAUAUGAAAGAAACAGAGCAGACUGAAAAUAUUAAAACAGAAACAAAAUCGAAAAUAGAAUCUACUGAAAGUAUUAAAUCUGAAACAAUUAAACCAGAGAUAACGUCGAAAUUUGAAAAUAAAGAAACCGUUAAAAAUGAAAAAACCAAAAAAACCAAAACAAUAUCAAAAAUUGAAAGCAAACUACUGGAUAAAAAUUUGGAAAGUGUUAAGGAUAAAUUUGAGUCUAGUAAAUCAAGCAUAAGAACAUCAUCUUCCAAAGAAAAUAUAGGUAAAAUAUCACAUAACUUAAAUAUCAACGUCGGAGCUUUACUGCCGGGAUCUGUGCGCCCAAAACAAAAUAAAAGUAAUGAAGUUAAUAAAGAAGAAAGUGAUAAUAAAUCGAAUCCGUUGGUUGUUUCAAAAAAAGAAGAAAGUGAUACUAAAACAAGUUCUUUAACUGCUUCAAUGCCUAACUUAAGUGUUUCACAUCAAAAAAUGGUAAAAUCGGUUAGUUUUGACGAGCCUACUGAUAAUGUUGAAACUCUACAAAGUCUUACACAAGAACGGGCUCGAAUACCAGUUAAACGACGACCAUCAACACGACGUGCACGUCAACAAGCUAUUCGAGCAUCUCUAAUAGACGAUACUGAUAAUAAUUUAGAAAACGAUGAUCAAGAGGUUGAAGAAAAAUUACAAGAUAACAAAAUAUCAAAAGAAGAAGAAAUAAAUAAUGAAAUAAACGAUGUACUAAAUGGAAAUAGCAACGAACAAUCUCCAAAAAAUAUAUCAAACAAAACAUCUAUCGAUGAUAAUGAUUUAUUUUCAAACAAACAACAAGAAGAAGCGAAUGAUAAUGAAUCAUUAUUCUCAAAUGAACCUGAAAAUAUUUUUAACGAUCCAUUAUUCACAAAAGAUUCGACAAAAUCUGCUGAUAAAAAUGAUAUCUUUAAUGAUUCAUCGGAAAGUGAUCAAUUGGUUAUAAAUAAAUCAACGGAUACAUCGUUUGCUUCAAAUAAAUCAACAAAUGUUUUGUCCUCAUUCUUAGAUGACUUAAACACUGCCCUCAAAUUUGAUGAUCAAGAUGACAUUGAUGAUAUUUUUAAUAUUAAUAAAAAUAAAAAACCCAAAUCAAAAACGACUGAAAAUACCAGUAAAAAUUUUGAUGACGAUUCAUCGGAUCUAUUUAGUGAUAUCAAAAAGAACGAGAUCCCUAAAGCAAAUCAAAACACUGUUUCAAAACAAAGUACCUUGUUAAGUGAUGUAGAUUCUGAUUUAUUUGAUGAAAAUAUAUCAAAAGUUAGUGUUAAAGAGCCGAAAGUAAAAGAGGAAAAGAAAUCAACAAAAAUUUCGUUGUUUGAUGAUGAUGAAGAUGAUGAUUUAUUUAAACCUAUUAAAAAAACAGAAUUAAAAUCAAGUGAGAAAUCGAAGGAAACGAAAGAAAAUUUAAAAGCUAAAUCCAUUCCAAAGAAAACGUCUAUAUUUGAUGAUGAUGAUGAUAGUGAAAAUGAUUUAUUUGGAAGUGGGACUCAAAAAAAAUCAUCAAAGAGUGCUGCGUCGAUAUCAAAAUCAGAUAGUACUAGUGGAAAAGCAAUUAAAAAACCGUCAUCUAAAGUGGUAUUUGAUGAUCCAUUAAUGUUUAAUGAUGAUUAAAAAAUUAUUGUUAAAAUUUAAGAAAAU